AUGGACGACCCCAACUACUCCAAGCCUGGCUUCGGGGCCCCGCCUGGGCCGUCUCCUUCGACGGUCAUCUCCAUCCCCUCCCCUCCGCCUCGAGAUUACCUGGUCUGGUCCCUCUUCAGUACCCUCUACAUGAACUUCUGCUGCCUCGGCCUCAUUGCCUUCAUUUUCUCCGUGAAGGCGAGGGAUCGGAAGGUGAUGGGAGACAUGAUCAGAGCCCAAGAGUACAGCCACACCGCCAAGCGCCUGAACUCCAUCGCCUUGGCCCUCAGCCUUGUCUUCUUCUUCAUCUGCAUCAUCACCGUGCUGGUGAUCACCUUCACUGUCAGAUGAACCCCUCCGCCCCCAGCUUCCUGCCGCUGCCCCCCCAGAUACAAGCUCUGGGCCGACACCUAACGAGUUCCCUCCAACUCUGCUCAUCGCCCUCCCCUUCCCCCCGGGGUCUCUCGCAGUUCCAAGCCCCACCGGUCACCCCUAGCUCUGCGUACCCCCGGCCCCGAGUCUCCUCCUCUUGCUGAAAUGCGGAGAUUUGGGAAUUCGGGCUCUCUCCCACUUCCUCCCUCUCCCCUCUUCCCCGGGCCUACCGACCUCCCUGGUCCCUGCUGCCAAUGCCCAGAGGCAAGAUGGUUGGGGGGUGGGUGUCUCCUCCCCACACUGCACCUGAGCCGUCCUGCCCUUCGGCACAGCGGAUGCUGAGGACAAGUUGCCCCCUCCAAAAAAAUCAGCUCCCACCCCAGCCCUGUGGGAGUUUCAAAACCAUU